AUGCUCGACCCUACGCACGGUCUCUUCAAGCUUCCCUCCAAGGAGGAGCGACGCAUUGCCCGCAAUGGCGCCCCGCUCAACCCCAUCAAGCUCGCCAUGAUGCUCACGCCGCUCCAGGGUGCCAUGUUCUUCUCGGGCUGGCUCGCCUGGACCGUCGAUGCCUGGGACUUCUUCGCCGUCUCACUCUCCGUCACCGCCCUCUCGACCCAGUUCGACAGACCUACCCACGACAUCACGACGGCUAUCACUCUCACCCUGCUCUUCCGUUCCGUCGGAGCCGCCAUCUUCGGCAUCAUCUCGGACCGAUACGGCCGAAAAUACCCCCUCGUCGUCAACUUGAUCAUCAUCGCCGCCCUUUCGCUCGGCUCUGGCUUCAUCCAGACCUACACUCAGUUCCUGGCUGUCCGCUCCCUCUUCGGCAUUGGCAUGGGCGGCAUUUGGGGAAUGGCGACGGCGACAGCGCUAGAAAACAUGCCUGCCGCCCCCCGAGGUCUUUUCUCGGGUGUCCUGCAACAGGGCUAUGCGGUCGGAUAUCUUCUUGCCGCUUCGGUCAACCUCACUUGGGUGCAGCAGACGCACAACUGGCGCAUCCUCUUCUUCCUCGGUGCUGGCCUUUCCGCCCUGGCCGCGCUCGUCCGCCUUCUGCUUCCCGAGUCCGAGCUCUUCCUCCGCCAGAAGGCCCAGCGCGAUGCCUCGGGCGCCAUUGGCCAGAGCAAGGCCAAGGUCUUCGUGACCGAGCUCAAGGAGAUGCUCCGCACUCACUGGCUGCGCUGCAUUUACGGCAUUCUGCUCAUGACCGGCUUCAACUUCCUUUCGCACUCGAGCCAGGACCUGUACCCGACCAUCCUUCAGAAGUCCAAGCUUCUCUCGGCCCAUCAGGCGUCGCUUGCGACCAUUAUCUCCAACUGCGGUGCUAUUACGGGCGGCUUCUUUGCCGGCUACCUUUCGCAGUACCUGGGCCGCCGUUUGACCAUCAUUAUGUUCGUCAUCAUCACCGGAGCCCUCAUCCCGGCCUGGAUCUUGCCCAACAGCUUCUCAGCGCUCGCCGUUGGCGCCUUCUGGCUCCAGUUCGGAGUUCAGGGAGCCUGGGGAGUGGUGCCGAUCUAUCUUUCCGAGAUCGCUCCUCCGGCCUUCAGGGCGACGUACGCCGGUUUGGCGUACCAGCUGGGCAAUGCUGCCUCGUCCGCGUCCUCUCAGAUUGAGGCCGUUGGCGGCGACAACCUGAAGGAGCGCAACCCCAAGUGGCGUCCUGGAUCGCCUGCGACGGUCGAGGAGUUCAUCCCUGCCUAUGCCAAGGUCUCGGCCAUCCUCCUCGGUACCGUCUGCGCGUACCUCAUCAUCGUCGUAACUUUCGGCUGGGAAUUCCGCGGCGCCGAGUUCGAGAAAGCUCUUCCUGCCACCAUUCCCGGUGCUGGCGAGCAGGAUGGUGCUCAGCUCGACAAGCAGACCCGCCAGGGCGACUCCAGGGACGUGUAUGACGAGGACAGCAUCGAGCACGUCGGCGACCGCGGCUAUGUCAACGACCGUGACUCGGAGAACGAGAAGAAGCUCUGA